AUGCAGGGAUGGCGUAUCUCGAUGGAAGAUGCACAUGCUGCGGUGCUCCAGCUUCAGAAUGAGAAUGAUCCCAAGUCGAAAUCCGACGAGCGGAUCAGCUUCUUCGCCGUCUUCGACGGCCACGGCGGCGCAAACGUAGCGAGGUAUUCGGGGCGUACACUUCAAGGACGUCUUGCGGAGCUUCCUGAAUACAAAGAAAAGAAAUGGGAUGCUGCGCUGCACCGUGCAUUCCUGAAAACAGAUGAGGAUUUGCGCAAUGACCCUGUAUAUGCGAACGAUACGUCCGGAUGCACCGCCGUCGCUGCAUUGUUUGUGCCCGAAUCCACUGGAACGAGAAGCGGCUCUCUGUAUGUGGCCAACUCAGGCGAUUCGCGUUCUGUCCUGAGUCUUGGCGGCGAGGCAAAGCCGAUGAGCUUUGACCAUAAGCCCGGCAACCCCGUCGAGCACGCGCGUAUUCUCAAUGCCGGCGGUUUUGUUGAAUUUGACCGCGUCAAUGGCAACCUGGCGCUAAGCCGUGCCAUUGGUGACUUUGAAUUCAAGCAGAACAGCUCUCUCCCUGCCGAGGAGCAGAUUGUCACGGCCAAUCCCGAAGUAAUUGCGCAUUCCUACACGGAGAACGACGAGUUUUUGGUCCUGGCUUGUGACGGUAUUUGGGACUGCCUCUCGAACCAGCAGGUGGUUGACAUUGUGCGACGGGGCGUUGCGCAAGGCAUGGAGUUGGUCGACAUCUGUGAGGACAUCCUGGAACGCUGCCUUGCGCCCGACGCAGAAGUUGGCGGUAUUGGCUGUGAUAAUAUGACGUUGAUGAUUGUCGCCAUUUUGGCCGGUCGUACCAAGGAGGAAUGGUACCAAUGGGUCAAGGAGCGCGUAGAGAACAAGGUCGGCUACGAUACGCCAGAGUCAAUUGCACCCAUUUUUCGCACCCAACUUGCCCAGCACGGCAAUGGAGCGCAUUUUGGGGGGGCCACCGGUCAGGGAAACGUCGCUCUUUCACUGAAUGGUUUAGGUAAUGGCGGUCUUCUUUCCGCUAUUCCCCGUGUACUUUCUGGACAAGGCCUCACUGAUGAACAUGGAAACCACAUGAGGAGCGAUGGGCUUGGCGCCCAAAUCGUCUCUGCCGGGGACGGAAACAAUGACGGCACGCAGAUGGACGACAAGACCGAAGCAUAA